CGCCGCCAUUUUGUUUCGGGUGAUGGCGGCUGUGGUGCUUUGGGGCCGGGGGCUUUAGCGCAGGCCCGGCCGUGCGGGGACUCGCUGCUCAGACAGUCGGUGCUCCUGCUAGCUGCCUCCACCUCGCUGCGCCCCYCCGUGAUGUACGGAGGGGUCGGAGGGUCUCGACGGACUGCAGAAGAAGCAGGCCCGCCGCCCCUAAUGUUGUUGUCAGGCGGGGGAGCGGUGCCCGGGCCCCCAGGAGGAGGUGGAGGUGGAGGCGGGAAUAGCCGUGUGGAGCUGCUGGUGUUCGGCUAUGCCUGCAAGCUGUUUCGGGAUGAUGAGAAGGCUCAGUACCAGGAGCAGGGGCGACACCUUAUUCCUUGGAUGGGAGACCCCAAGAUCAUGAUCGAUAGGUAUGAUGGGCGUGGUCACCUGCAUGACCUUUCUGAAUAUGAUGCUGAAUAUUCCACCUGGAACAGAGAUUAUCAAUUGUCUGAAGAGGAGGCUAGAAUAGAAGCCCUCUGUGAUGAAGAGAGGUAUUUAGCCUUGCAUACGGACUUGCUUGAGGAGGAGGCAAGGCAAGAGGAGGAAUAUAAAAGACUGAGUGAAGCUUUGGCAGAGGAUGGUACCUACAAUGCAGUGGGAUUCCGUUAUGGCAGUGAUUAUUAUGACCCUUCAGAGCCCACUGAAGAGGAGGAGCAUCAGCCUGCUAAACAAAGAGAAACAGCUCAGACAGAAAAUACAGAAGAAAAUGAAGAACCUUUUGUUGCCCCUCCGGGACUGAAUGUACCUUCCGAUGUGGAGCUGCCACCAACAGCAAAAAUGCAUGCGAUUAUCGAGCGAACUGCAAACUUUGUGUGCAAGCAGGGUGCCCAGUUUGAGAUCAUGCUGAAAGCCAAGCAAGCACGCAACUCCCAGUUUGACUUUCUGCGAUUUGAUCACUACCUCAAUCCCUACUACAAGUUCAUCCAGAAGGCCAUGAAAGAGGGACGCUAUGCGGCUCCUUCAGAAAGUAAAGCUGAUGAGAAAAAACACUCAAGAGUCAAAUCUGAGGAAGAUGAUGAUGAUGAUGAUGACGAUGAUGGAAAUUAUCUUCAUCCAAGCCUUUUUGCGUCUAAAAAAUGCAGUAGACUUGAAGAGCUCAUGAAGCCUUUGAAGGUAGUAGACCCUGAUCACCCCCUUGCAGCACUGGUGCGCAAAGCACAAUCAGAUAAUAAUUCGUCUACACCACAGUCAGCAGACGGGGCAGCUGUGCAGACAUCACAGGCAGAAUAUUCCUCUGAUUCGACUGUGGCAGCCAUGUAUUACAGCUACUACAUGCUCCCCGAUGGAACCUAUUGCCUGGCGCCUCCACCUCCGGGAAUCGAUGUUGCUGCCUACUACAAUGCCCUGCCCGCUGGGGUCACUGUGUCCAGCGCUACCGGUGUAGCCACGGUUCCUCCUCCUCCUGGUACGACACCCCCGCCUCCCCCGGACACAACUGACAGCGCCAGCGGGUUGACUUCUACCACUACAUCUGCAAGCACAAUUGCUCCAGUGGUUGCCAUUAUACCUCCACCUCCAGAUAUCCAACCUGUCAUUGACAAGCUAGCUGAGUAUGUUGCUAGGAAUGGGGUAAAAUUUGAAACCAGUGUUCGUGCCAAGAAUGAUCUCAGGUUUGAGUUCCUGCAACCAUGGCACCAGUAUAAUGCUUAUUAUGAAUUUAAAAAACAGUUCUUCCUUCAAAAAGAGAGUGGUGACAACUGCCAGGGAGUAUCUUCYUCUGAAGAUGUUCCAGCAGGCAGUGCCGGUGAUGAACCGAGUGAGACUCAAUUUGCAGAUCARCAUGCACCUGAGGAUACAUCUGAGUCAAAUGCUAAGGGAGUUCCAGGAACUAAAAAGGAUGUUCCUCCUCCUAAAGCUGUCAGUGAUGGUAAACUGGUGAAAGCAUCCUUUGCUCCAAUAAGCUUUGCAAUCAAGGCCAAAGAAAAUGACCUUCUUCCUUUGGAGAAAAACCGUGUUAAAUUAGAUGAUGACAGUGAUGAGGAGGAAGAGGAGGCAAAGGAAGGCCAAGAGAAUGCUAACUGUGCUUCAAACCAUACUGCAGCAGUUACCACUCCAUGUAUUGCUCCUGAGGAGAAAAAGCCUCAACUUACACAGGAGGAGUUGGAAGCUAAACAAGCAAAGCAGAAACUAGAGGAUAGAUUAGCAGCGGCAGCAAGGGAGAAGCUCGCACAGGCUUCCAAAGAAUCAAAGGAGAAGCAGCUACAAGCAGAGCGCAAAAGGAAAGCUGCCUUGUUCUUGCAGACCCUGAAAAACCCUCUGGCAGAGGCAGAAACUGAGAAAAUUGAAGAGAAUUCAUUCAGUAGUGAGAGCGUCAGUAGUAUACCAUGUCCUGUGACUGCAAUCAGAACUUUACCCACCUUAGAAGUUAAGCAAACAGAAAGGCCUUCAAGCAGAAGCAGAGAUCCUCCUAGGGAUGAAGAAAAGGAAAAGAAGAGGAAAAAACACAAGAAAAGAUCUCGAUCACGAUCUCGAUCACCAUUUAAGUAUCAUUCAUCAUCUAAGUCCAGGUCUAGAUCACAUUCAAAAGCAAAGCACUCACUUCCCACUGCCUAUAGGACUGUCAGGCAUUCAAGAUCACGAUCAAGGUCACCCCGGAGAAGGGCUCACACACCAGAACGGCGGAGAGAUGACAGAAGCGUUCCCACGGCGUAUCGCAUCAGCAACAGUCCCGGGAACAGCAGGAAACGGCCUCGCUCCAAGUAAGGGCUCCCGCUCCUCGGCAAGGGGGGAGUGCCUGUUGUCUUGUAGACUCCUUAACUAGAACUUAACCUUUGUAUGCUCUGGAGAUUUAUUUGGAUAGAAAAAUACUUUUAAUUACAGAAAAAAAAAAUUAAAAUGGAAGCAUUUGUUCUUCCCCAUUGUUGCACACUUCUGAACACCAGCUGUCAGACUGUUGAAUGUUAAUGCACUGCGGUCUGCUGGCCACGAGAGUUCAUAUUUCAUAGUUCUCUCUUGUUGGGUCAUCUUUUCAUGCCAUGCUUGUGCAAGCUGUAGGACCUCUGCACAGGUCGUAGUGCAACUAUGAUGUCAAAUUUCUUGACAUCACAUCAUAUCUGCCCAGAUAAGGGUAACUUUGAUGUAGCAAACAGUUAUUUUGGAGCUACUGUACUGGCAGACUGGAAUGUGAAAUAUGAGUCAAGGUGUCAUUUUGAGAGCACCCUGCAUAUAGUCUCUCUUAAACAAUUGUAAUCAAAAUGGCAUUUAGUCUUUGAUUUCUUUUUCCAUAUAUCUUGUGGAAUAAGAAACAGAGAGAUCACUUUCAGUGAUCUUUAUUAAAAAAAUUCUAUUGUUUCUUAUGACAGUUACUCAUCUCUUGACAGCCUGUAAUUAACUGACAUGUGGUAGGUAUAACUGAGAGCUUCCCAAGUAUGCUUCAACUGAUUUGGUUUGUAAUAUUCAUCAGAUUAAGACAAUAGAGGCUCCUGUUGAAUUAAUGCAAAUUUGGUUACGCAGAAAAAAUACGGAAGCUUAAAAUACUUGUUUUCCUAUAAACAGACAAAAGCAUUUUCUUUGACAGCCCUGUGCUAUUUUUAAUGCUGUGUUGGUGUGUCUGCUGCUUGACUACUCAGCAUUUUAAACUAUAAAUUAUUUUUAGAAUUGUGCCACUCCAAGUUGUAAAUUAUAAUGGCAAUUGUGAAAUGAAGUACAUUGCUCCUCUGUGAAUAAGAUUACUUGAUAGGUAAAUAUUUUAAACUUCUGUUAUGCCUCAAACAGGAAACCAGAACACGACACAAUAAAAUAUGUCAGUAAGUACAGAAGAUGUAGACUGAAGAAAGAGUGUUGGAGUUAAACAUAGAUAAUGAUAUUUUUCAGCUCCGAUUGCUGUUAUUGAACCAAAAACUCUUUGAGCCCGGACAUGUUAAAUUUUCAAGUAAAAAUGUGAUGUACCAGUAUUCAUGUUCAAUUACUUAAGAUUCUUCAUCUUUCAGCUGUUCUAUUUGUUCCUCGUAAUCUGAGAUGAAAAACACUGAAAAAGCUUACUGUAACAUACUUUUUUUGUAUGACAAAUGUUUGCCAAGAUUUUCAAGAUUUAAAAACGAAAUCUGUUCACAUCUUGGUUACAUGAUGUUUUAAGAAACUGAACCAUUAAAGUACCUAGUAGCUAGUCAAGGAAUAACUGACUUUGUAGCUGAUGGUUUUGUAUAGUCAUGAAAAUGUUAGAGGCUGUGGGGUUUUUUCUCUGUCUCUUAAUCAUUAUUUAUGCAAGAAGAGUGUAAGGAGAUUUUGCACUUUUAAGUCUUGAAUCUUAAAUUCUGUUUAAAAAUUUUUACUAAAUUCUAAGCAUCAGAGUUGCACAUUGCUUGUAUGGGAAUUCAAUAUGUUUUAGCAUAGGACCUUUUGAAGUAAAGAAUUCCCAUGAAAAAUCAAAGUAAAGGAAUGAAUAAUGUAAUAUUUAAAAGAUAGUUUUAGUGUUUUGACAUGUCCUAGAAGCUUCAACAACAUUUUUCUGAGUGGACCUCUGGCAGCGCCUACUAGAGAGAGAUGUCUACAAUGAGAUAUUGCCUAACUCUAAUUAAGGCAUCACUCUGUAG